UAUGGCUCUUAGUUCAGCAGAAUCUCAGCAAUCAAUUGAAGAUAACCCUAUCAAUCAAUCAGUAGAAAUCUGGAGAAAAUCUGAAAUUGAAUUUGAUUUAAACACCCAACCAACGAAAAGAGACGUUUUGAUGACAAAAUUAUCAUAUUCCAGUUCAUUGAAUAAAGAAGUUUGUCCCUAUGAUUUCUUCAAAAAAAAAAUAGAAAAUUUGACAAAAUCCCCUUCAAAUACUCUUCAAGAAUCAUUAAAUGAUAAGUUUUAUGAUGAUGAUGAAAGUACAAUACAAAGUUUGACUUUUUCAUCAGAGUCCUUUAAAACAACAAUGCUUCCUGCAUCAAUUCUCUCCUCAGAAGAAGGGGAAAAAGAAGAGAAACAAGAAAGAGACGAAGCUAAAGUAAAAGGUGAUGAAGAUGAGGGACAAGAAAGAGAUGAAAAUAACGAAGAAGAGGAUGAGGUUAAGGAAGAAGAACAAGGAAGAGAUGAUAAUAAAAUAGAAGCAGAAGAAGAACAGCAAGAAAUAGAUGGAAAAAAAGAAGAGGAUGAAGUUGGAGGACAACAAAGACAGGAAAACGAAGAAACUAAAGCGAAAGUAGGGAAAAGACAAGGAGAAGAGGAGGAGGAAGAGGAAGAAGAAGAAGAAAAAGAAGAAGCCCAAAGGGAAGAAAUAGAAAAGGCAAAAAAUAUAAAAAGAGAAAUUUCUGUUUUAAAUAUUAUUAAGAAUCACAGAAUUUAUGAACAGCAUAGAUGCUCUUCUGAACUAGAAAUAGAGGAUGAGCCGUUAUCUUAUAAAAAUAGACAAACUAGAAAAUCAUCCAUGGAGACAAUGCUAAAAGAUUAUUACGCAAAUGAGUAUUACAUUGGAAAUAAAGAAUUCGAAAAAUUCCUAAGACAAAGUGCACUUACGAAAGAAGAAAGAGAAAUAUAUGAAAAUGAAUAUUUAUUAAAAGAUUCAUUAAAAUUGAAUAAUAACGGAAAUUGGGAUAAAACUCAAGGUGAUCUUCUAUAUUGCAAAAUAAAUUCGGGUGCCAUUUUAAGUGAUAAAGAAAAUCCAUCCUUAGAAUUGUUACAUCAAAAGUUGAUAAAGGAGGAGAAUAGGGAACUGUUUACCAAUACUCUUAAACAAGAACGUAACGAUUCAAUAGAUUCAUUACUUAAGUUAGACGAAUUCGAAAAAGAUGAUAAAUUGGCAAAAUAUUCAGAGAAAAAUGAAUUAAAUAAUAUCUUUACGGAAAAGAACGCAAAAUACGUCGAUUUUUUACUUUUAUGUAUGAAUAGCGAACAAAGUGAAAGAUUUUCAAUAGAGGCUUCUCCAUCGCUCGAAAAUCCUUCUUUAAAUGGAAAGAACUCUGAAAAGAGAGAGAGGGAUAAUACUAUAGUAAAUAAAUCGUACUCAAUUCCAGAUGCUACGAAUACAAAUACGCCAUUAAAAAGAGAAUAUAAUUGUAUUCUGACCGAUGAUAUCGUUCAACAGUAUAAGAUCAAUGGAAACAGGGAGUUAAAACCGCAAAAGUUGAACGUUAAGUCAGAAAUUAAACUACUCAAUUCUGGUAAUAAAUCGACAGUAGAUAAACACUUAGUUAAAACUUUAAGUGAUAGAUCUCAACUUAAUCAAGAACUAAUAAAUUGGUGUAAUAAAGAACUGAAAAAAUACAAAUCUAUUAAAUUAAUAGAUAAAAAACUAGAAGACAAAAACAAUGAUAAAAACGUCUGUAAGAGACAUAUUAAUAGGUUAAAAAAGGAUUCAAAAUGGUGGCCUGUUUGUUCGAAGUAUCCUAAAUUCAAAAUUGAUCAUUUAAAUAAAGAAAAAUUGAGUAACGUAUCAAGCUGCUCAGGCCUAGAGUCUAUAACAUCUAUUUUAAAUCGCAAUAAACCAAGGAAAAUAAACAACUCCUCGAGCACUUCGAAGACGAAGAUUUCCAUGAAGAAGAAGAAGAAAGAGAUAAAAAUUACCGGAAAAGUUCAACAUUCCGAGAUUGAUUGUAUCAGUUCUAGUGAAUCGAAAAGAGUAUCUGGGUCUGUUGUUUGCGAAUUAGGUACAGGAUCUAGAGAUGAAUCUACUUUAAAUAAUAGAACAAUAAAACAAAGUGGAGAAAAGAACCAGACGUUUAAUAAAUUUAGUGGUGAAAAAGUAAAAUCCAUGACAAAGAAGACAAAGCCGAAGAUGAAAAUGGAAACAACUUUUGAGAAACAAUCUCCAAAGUCCACUCAAAUAGGUCAAGGAAAAAGAGCACCUAAGAGUACACACAUUGAUAAAUCAUCCGCAUCUUCCUAUAGAACAAUCUCCUUCGAUUUGCAAGAAGUUAAGCUGAAAGGAAGACCAAAUAAGUUUUCAUCAAUUUCCUCUGCCGAUUUAUUUAAAUGUCAAACAAAUAUCUUAAGGAAAAAGAGAAAGAGAACUUGUACGUACAAGGGAAAAGUCGAAUAUCCUACCUCUACACCAACUUUAACAUCCUUCCUCCCCUCAACAGAACCACACACACUUAGCUAUAGUGAUAGUAUGGUAACAAACGGUAAUGCAAGUAGAAGAGAAAUAGAUAUAUUAGCGUCGUCAACACAUAUUGGACCAGGAAUUCCAAUAAAGAAGGAGGAGGUCGAAAAGUACGAUUCGAGACGAUCAAUACCCUUUGGAAUAUUGAACUCGCCUUCUCCUGGACAAAUUGACCUAGUAAAAGAUUGGGAAUGUUCAAAUACAAUUGAGAGUAUUCAAGAUGAAAACGUACCGAAAGUCAAUGAUAAAUCAUGGAGGAAUAAAAAUAAUUGGGAUAAAGUCAAGCUUGGAUUUAUUGGAAAUGAAUCAAUCAAUAAUAUAUUGAUAUCGAUAUUUAACGAAGAUUCUUUUGACGUUACGAAUUCUUUCGUCAACUCGAGUAAUGAUACCUUCUCGGAUAAUUACGAUGAUAUAGUCGAGAAUAGUGACGUCAUUUUAAUAACAUAUCAAUCUGUUAAAAGUUCAAAAGAUGUUUUAAGCGUGCUUAAGAGAUUAAGUAGAAAAUUGAGAGGAAAGAUGUUACUUAUCAUCCUGAAUUCAAUUCAAUGCAAUAUUUGUAUAGAUGAGAUAGAAAAUAUAUUAGAUAAUCAAGGGAUUAUCCUUAAAAUUCUUAUUAAUUUAACAAUACUGGUUAAAACUGGUAUAGCUAUUUGCGUUGCUGGUAGAGAUGUGCUUCUGGAAGAUUUGGAUUUUGUUUCUAGACUAUUCAAAACUAUUGGUCUAGUAGAAAUUAUAAAGGAAGAAGAGCUGGAAGCAGUAUAUUCUAUAACUCAGAAUGGUUUAGUUAUUGUAAGGGGAAAAUUAAUGAUUUAAGCAGUAUACAGUCUACAGUCUAUAUACACAUAUUUUAUUAAUUAGGCGGCUACGGCUUUACAAGCUCUAACUGAUGGUGGAGUUUUAGUUGAUCUACCGAGAGAUGUCUCGCUAGAUAUUGCUGCGCAGACAAUAAAGGGUUCGGCAAAGAUGAUUUUAGAUAAUAAAUAUCAUAUUUGUAAUUUAAUUGAUAACUUUUUAACAAGUCAACCUUGUUUAUUCGGACUAAGAAAAUUGGAGGAGGAAAAGUUCAAGGCUACAAUUAAAAAUUGUUUACUUCCUUUAAAUAUCCUAGACAGAAAAACAUAGAAGACUUUAUUAAUAAAAGCCAAAAAAUAAACAUAACAAAAACAAAUAAAA